CAGUGAGAUGAGAUCAUAGUAAAAAAAGGCAUACACCAUUAAUAUUUACACACGACAUUUCAGUGAGAUGAGAUCCGUACUUAGUACCGCUCUCAGUACAGUUUGGGUGAGUUUUGCUUCGAUCUGAGCGAGUGUCUCAUGAUACCCACCUAUACUCUACGGGUUGUAACCACCACAUUCCAGGGGUACAGGGGGGUUGGCAUGCUGCGGUUUGUUAUUAUGCCCCUCGUUUUCUCAGCCGACCGUGAUGGCAGCCGUGACUAAGACCCCGAGGCCGCGGCCUACGGUGAUUGCUCUGUCUGUUGUGGCAGCGGUAUUGCUUCUGUCUUGGUGGCUCUUCUAUAGAUCACCUACAACAACAAACACGGCUAAUGGUGCUCAUCAUGAUUCAUUUCAAGAUUGCGACAAUUCGUGGCCACAAUUGAAUGAAAUUGUGCAAGCAAAAAAGACGACUAAGGAUUGCGACAAUUGGAUGAAAUCGUGCAAAGAGCAAUGUAUCCAGAAAGCCAGCACCCCGAUACCCAAACACAUCCACUUUGUGUCACUCAAUCGUCCGUUUUCGUUCAUGGAGUGGCUGGCAGUAGUCAGUGCGAGGAAAUUCAUAAAACCGGACAAGAUCACGAUAUAUACUGACGGACAACAAGACAGUUGUUGGUGGCGGCGUAUAGCGCCAUACAUUGAUCAUCAGAUCAUUCUCUCUAUGCCGGGGACUAGCGUGUUGAAUGGCGUGAAAAUCGAAAUAUUAUCGCAUAUGUCCGACUUUCUGCGGUUUUUAAUCCUCUACCACAACGGAGGAAUAUAUAUGGACACUGAUGUUCUCAUUCUGAAAUCGUUUGACCCCCUCCUCCAGCAUCAAAUGGUCGCUAGUGAAGAGUGUGGAUCCCAUGUGGGCACAGCAGUGAUGAUGUCACAGAAGCACAGCUGUGUGAUGUGCAGAUUUGCACAUUUGAGCUGCGAGAUGUUUAAUGGUGGCUGGGCCACUCACGCUGUUCAUGCUCUCACCGUCUUUAUGAAGAAUCUUGACAAGGAAAAGGAGGGUGUGUUAGUGCUGCCAUUGAAAAAAGGAUGCCUCCCUUUGUGUUGGGACGGCCCUGGAGUAGAGCGGCUCUACAGAACCGACGCCAAGGAUCUGAGAGACUACAACAUAUCUGAGCUAUAUUCCGUCCACCUGUACCGCCACUUCCGUACUGAUCUCCUCCUCAAAACAGUCAACAACUAUAAAUGGAUACAGACUAGUAAAUCACUAGCAGCCAAUGCUGUUAGAGGA